AUGGUGUAGCACAACAUUUAAUAAAAUGGACUUCAAACCUAAUUAAUUAAAAAAAUCAAAUUUAAUAAUUUUUAAGAGGAAGCUACAUUAUCUCUCUAUUAAUAUUUAUAUGAAGAUAGUUCUUUUAUUCAAGUAUAUCUUUCCUUAUCAAAAUAUUUUUAGGGAAUAUAGACUUUGGAUCAUUUAAUGCUGGAACAAUAAGAUGGAAGACCCUGGUAAAAUAGCGAUGUAAGAUUAGACAACAGAACAAGUGAUCAAUAAUUAUUAUUUUCUAUUUUUCAAUACUUAUUCAUUUUUAUUCAAAAUACACACAACUUUAAUAUACAAGAAAAUUAUUAUCUUUAUAUUUUUAUUUCCAAAAAAAUUUUAUUCAAUCAAAAAAAAGGAAAACCACAAUCCAAUAAUAAUUUAUAUUGCUAUAUAUAUAUAUUAUAUUAAUUAUUUUUAUCAGCUCAUUCAAAUAAUAAUGACGAAGAAUAAUUUUAAUAAAAAUAAAAUGAUGCAAUUUUUAGCCUUAAUAACAAUCACAACAUUCAACUAUGCAUUUUGUUUUAUCAUUCAUCGAAAUAAAAAAACUUUGAAACAUACUAAAAUACAUCAUACUGUAAUCUAAUUUUUAAUUUUAGAUUCAUAAUUUGUACAUACAAGUACAUAAAGUUAGAACUUUAAGAAAAGAAGCAUUAAUGCUUGA